UGCAAGUAUAGUAAAUAAACUUAAAAAUGGAAUCUUCGUUGGUAUCAGAAUUUGUGAAUUCUACUGGUUGUGAUAUUGAAGAAGCUUAUGUCUUCCUAAGAUCUAAUAACUGGGACUUGAGAAGUGCUUUGGACUUAUGGACAGAGCGUAAAAAUGCAAGUUCACCAGAAAAUUAUGAUAUGUCAACAGCUAAGAAACUGUCAAGAGGUAUUUCACGUGCCUCAACAAACAUUAAUUAUGUUUGUGAAGCCAGAAACAAACUACUGUGUGACAAGGACAAUAACCCUUUCAUAACCAUGGACGGAUAUUUUGUUGAUACUCAAGGAGCAAGUUUCAUCCUACCAGACUUUUCAAAAUAUCCUGUUGAAUUCCAAGCCUUUUUAGAAAAGGAUCUUAUUGAUUUGAGCACCAAAAAGACCCUUGAAUCAAGUUCCCGUUUAAACUGGUGGCUUACUAAACUCCCACCAUCAAUGAGACUCUAUCCAUUAUCAACAACUGGAGAUGGAAAUUGUCUUUUGCAUUCUGUUUCUUUGUCCAUGUUUGGCUUCCAUGAUCGGUUACUAUUCCUGAGACAAUUAGAACAUGAAUUCAUAACCGAUAGCCCACUAAUGCAAGGUCUUAAACGACGAUGGAAGUAUAGCGUUCACAAGGUUAAUCUUAAAAUGGAUGUUGUCUAUUCGCCACAGGAAUGGGAUUCCGAAUGGCAGCAAAUCGUUGAAAUUGCCUCCACUAAAAAGAAAAUGCAAGACCACCAAGGCACUUAUGAAAGUCUUGAAGAGAUUCACAUCCUUGCAUUAGCCCACAUGCUUCGUAGAGUGAUCAUUGUAAUCGCAGAUACCAUGCUAAAAGACUACAACAAUCAGCCUUUUGCCCCUAUAACUAUUGGAGGCAUUUACAUUCCAUAUGAAUGUGAUAGCAAAAGUUGCUGUAAGACACCUCUUCUCAUUUCUUACGACGUGUCCCAUUUUUCGUCACUGGUAUUUAUGGAAAAAGACAGUAACAACCCUGAUGACAAUUUAUAUAUGAUACCUGUAGUAGAUGUUAAUGAACAGCUACUUCCUUUGAGAUUUCCUAUCGACCUCGGUCCCAAUUUUAAUUGGGAUGAUAGAGCUGCCUUUGAAAACGUUUCUAUUUCUUACAAAGAACAACUAAGUAUCUUGAAAGAAUACUUAGAUAUCAUAGAUUUGUCAAGCUGCGGCGACACUGAUUCCGACGAUGAACCUGAACGUCCCAGUAGUGAACCAGAAUCAUCCUCAUCGCCGAGUAAGGCCACCAAGCAACUCCAGAGCUUUGGAAAACAAUUUGGAAGCAUCGGAAAGUCCAUGGGCAAAAAGUUACGUCGUAAUUUUGGCUCACUGACAAGAUUGACUUCUGUAAAACUAAAAAAAGCUGAUGAUACCCCCGGGAAAUUUCUUGUAGCGACAGUUAAUAUAAAGAAAUUUCGUUUUCACGAAGAAAUGACCAAGAACUAUUUAGAAUAUGCUAAAGAGAAAUUCAUGCGCGAAUACUUGAACGAAUUAGAAGAUGUUGUUGAAGAUAGUCCUCUUUACAAUCAAGCACUUGAAGAGGGAAUAGUGAAAUGCACUUCUGGUAAUGAAUGUAAAAGUGUUGCCACAGUAGUUACCAGCUAUUUGUGCCUAAAGUGCUAUGACAGAAUUAAGCAGCAGUAUUUCGAUUCUCAGUUUGGUAUAGGUAAGUCAAAAUUCUACCGUGAAACUGACAUGAAUAGCUACAGAGCAACCCAAAACAUCCCAGUCAUACAACCGGCUAACAAAUGUGAUAAAACUUUAUAUCUUUCAAACUCAACCUUUUUUAAUGAUUCAGGGAAAGAUUCAAAAACUGAUUCAGAAGUCGAAGAAUAUGCUACAAAUAUAAGAAAAAGUUUUACUGAGAUAUCGAUUCAUCCUGCAAGUGUUUCUGCCACUGAAUCUCCCUCACCUACAAAAACGAGCUACAAUACGUUUGACACACAAGUAAAACAGAUACCUAUGGAAAUUGGACGUCUUCCAAGUAUUUCAGCAAGUCUAAACUAACAAUUCGUUUAUAAUGGGCAUCAAGUGAUUAUUUUUAAUUGAACUUUUAAAGUAUUAGUAACAGUAUGUUGUCUGGUACAAUUUUAUUUGUAUCUUUUAUUAUCCUUCAAAUGUUAUAAUAUAUGAUAUACUACUUAAUACCAUUCUUCUGUAUAUGAUGUAUUAAAAUGAUAAUAUCGCAUAUCAAAACUUCAUUGCAUGUUUAAUUUUAUGGGAACAUCAUCAUUAGCUAUUAACUUAAUGAUAGUUUCUUGUAGAAAUCAAAAGGGUUAUCAUCAGGAUAAUAAACGGCAAAUAACAAUAAUGUAUAUUUGGUACUCAUUUGGUACAUAUCCAAGAGUAUUUUAUUUCUUUUUUUCUAACUGAAUAUAGUAUAUUUUAGCCUCAGGAGGACUUCAUAUUGGGGCUUCAUGGUCGUGACUUAGGAUUGGUUCUCCUUCUUCGGCGAGACCACUGAUAUGCAGUCCUUUGUCUGGCAUUUCACCAGCUAUGAGGAGAACUAAUUCUAGACCACAACUAUCAAACCCCAAUAUCGAUCUCUCAUCAGAGAGCGCCAGCCAUUAAAAUCUUAGCCUUUUCCUUUUAUUUUAGCCUACCUGCGGUUACCUUCAAUAUUCAACCAGCAAUUCCUUCCUCAUCCUCUAUGUACGCCUUAAAGGACAUACCUGGUAACAGACCUAAAACUUCCCGUCCUUUUACUAGAGCUCUUGAUAAAUUUAAAACUAUUGAAAACACUCCUACAGAUAUACCCCCCACUGAACAGAUGAAAACAAUUCGAAAAAGACGUUCGCGUCUAAGAAAACGUAAAUAAAUAAAUCAAUACGAUAAGCGUACAUGUACUAUUACUGUACAAGUAUCAUUGUAGACCUUUUUGUAAAGGGUACAAUUUGAGACUAAAAAAAAAAAUUGUUAUUGUUUCACCAAUAAUGUUCCAUUUUUGUGUUAUAUGGUAUUUAACGAUUUGUUUUCUCUGUUGGUUGAAGAAUGAAGAUGUUUAAAACAAUUUGCCUGUUAUAUUUUACCUCUUUCGUUUUCUGUUCAAUAUUUUCUUAGGCUAUUGACGAUUUGAUUUCUCAUAAGCCUGUUACUAAUUUAUUCUACUAUUCUUUAUAUGUGAUACUAGAUUACAGGUAUGUUAGAGAUUUAUUUUUGUAAACGGCUUAAAGUGCAGAAUUUCGUUGUGAUAUAACGAUUUAAGCACUGAAUUUCCGUAAGUGCCUUUUAUUUAAUGUUAACAGUUACCAAUUAUAAAGAACUAAUAACUUGUAGCUACCUUACUUGUAUUCUAGUUUCCUGAUUUGUUGCAAAUAAAUUUGUUCACAUUA